GCAACUAUGGCAGAGGAAAGCCAGGCCCACAACUACGGGGAAUGAGAGACAAGACUGCACUUCCCUCUGAGCCAUGAGAGCAAAAUUAGAGGUCUUAGCCCUGGUCCUGGGCUUCAUCGGCCUGUUUGGGACCAUAACUGUCACUGCCCUGCCCAUGUGGAGGGUCUCCGCCUUCAUUGGUGCCAAUCUCAUAGUCAUGGAAGAACUCUGGGAGGGCUUGUGGAUGAACUGCUACAGUCAAGCCAACAUCAAGAUGCAGUGCAAGGUGUAUGACUCACUGCUAAUUCUCCCACCAGAGCUGCAGGCAGCCAGGGGGCUCAUGUGUGUCUCCAUAGUCCUGGUUGUCAUGUCCAUAUUCAUCACAGGAUGUCCGACCCAGAAAAGCAACUUGUGUGGUGACAAUACAAACAGCAAGAACACCACCCUGGCCUUAGGGGGCAGUUUGUAUCUGCUUUCUUUUUUGACUACACUCAUCCCUGUCAGCUGGGUGGGCCAUUCUGUCAUCAGCAACUUCUACAACCCAACAGUACUGGAUGCUGACAAACGGGAGCUGGGGAAGGCCCUCUUCAUUGGCUGGGCCACUUCUGGUAUUCUGCUGAUCACUGGGAUCAUCCUUCUGUUCAACUACAGCAAACGUAGAUCAAAGGAGGAAGAGCCCUACACUGAUGCCUAUCUCAUUGCAGAGAUGGAUGUACAGAAAGAAGAGAGCGUAUACUUGGAGAGGACACCAUCCAGCUUUCAUAAGCAUCAAGAAUAUGUGUAAAGAAUUGUACUGUACUGCCUAAAAUGUGCAAAUUCCACUUUACAGUCUAGCAUUUGAAAGAUGCUGCCUGAGGAAGGUCACAAGAUGAUUAUACGAGUAUGCAGAUUCUGAUUAAAUGUAUUUGUUUUUAUUACCUAUGUGCACAUUUUAAUCACUGUGACUGUUUAAAUAAUAAUAAUGUACUUUGUGUUCUUAUUGCACAAUAAAUGGUUCUCAUCGCCAUUGUUUGUAUUGUCUGCCCAAAACCUUCACAGCUGCACCAAAAUAUUUGAGUGAUAUUUGUUGCAAAACUAUUCGUUCCUGGAUAUGCUUAUCUGCUGUUAAUGGUAAUUGGUGUUGCUGUUAAUUGGUAAUAUCUCAUAGCCAACCUAGUCAACAAAUAGUUCAAUUAAGGUUUGACUAUGUUUUCUUGUGUGACUGCAUUUUUUUCUAGUGCGUCAUUUGUAUAUUUCUACCAUACUUCCCACGAAAACAUGAAAUACAAAUUUUUAAAUCAAUCACAGCUAACACUCCAGAUACCCGUCAGUUCUACUGUUUGAUCUGCAAACACACUGUUUUGAUGUUUAAGGUGAGAACCGCUGGCAAACGGACAAUACUGUGUUACAAUAAAACCAAUCCUACUCAAGUUUCUGUGCUCAA